AUGUCUUCAAACAAUAUGCUAAUUUUUUACAGCCUGCGAAGUUCAUUUAUAAGGGCCGGGCCUCCUGUUUGCAUCAUCGGCAUCCCCAUCCUGCUCUGGACAUCACCAACUGUCUCCACAGCUGCCACAAGCAUGAAGGUCGUCAUCGCUGCGUUGUCCGUGCUGGUCUGUUCCGCCUUUGCUCAGGUGCCUCUCCGUGGUAACUCUCUCGUGGGUGGGCCUCUCGGUCUUGGUUUCAACAAAGGAGGCGUUAUCGGCAGCGUUGGUGUUCAUGGUUAUGGCCAUGGCUACAACCCCAAAGGCUACAACUACGGCUAUGGUAAAGGUGUUGCUGGUCCCUUCGUCGCCGGACACGGAUCUGGUCUUGUUGGACAGGGACCUUUCGUCGGACAUGCUGGUUCAUUUGCAGGACAUGGAACCUUUGCUGUAGGAAACGGACCCUUUGUUGCUGGAAAGGGACACGGCUAUGGUCACAACUCCUACAACGGACUCGGCAAUGGAGUUGGUCUUGUAGGAAAUGGACUCCUUGGACACUCUGGACACGGCCUCGCUGCACCCCUUGCAUUUGGAAGCGGUGUUGCUGGUCACGGGUAUGGCUACGGUUACAACCCCUACAAUAACAACUACGGCUACGGUAAGAACGUCGGACAUGGAGCUGGUCUUAUUGGAAAUGGAGGCCAUGGACACACCGGACAUGGCCUCGUCAGACCUUUCGCUGCCGGACACGGUGUUGCUGGUCAUAGUUACAACCCCUACAACAACAUUUACGGCUAUGGUAAGAACGUCGGACAUGGAGCUGGCCUUGCUGGAAAUGGACUCCAUGGACACACCGGACAUGGCAUUGCUGGACACGGUCUCGUCGGAUCUUUCGCUGCCGGACACGGUGUUGCUGGCCUUCGAGUCGGCCAAUUUAGAAAUGGAGUUGGUCUGGGAAAGGGAUUAACUCAUAAGCUGGACACAGAGCAACUGUCCACAAAUAUCAGACAAGAGCUGAAAUGCAUCAGAAUCCUCAUCCUGCUGUGGUCAUCGUCAACUGUCUCAACAGCCGCUACAAGAAUGAAGGUCGUCAUCGCAGCGUUGUCCGUGCUGGUGUGUUCCGCCGUUGCUCAGGUGCCUCUCCGUGGUAACUCUCUCGUGGGUGGGCCUCUCGGACUUGGUUUCAAAAAAGGAGGCGUUAUUGGCAACGCUGGUAUUGGUGGUAAGGGUUAUGGCUACGGCUACAACCCCAAAGGCUACAACAACUACGGCUACGGCAAAGGUGUUGCUGGUCCCUUCGUUGCUGGACACGGAUCUGGUCUUGUUGGACAGGGACCUUUCGUCGGUCAUGCUGGUACAUUUGCAGGACAUGGAACCUUUGCUGUAGGAAAUGGUCCCUUUGUUUCUGGAAAGGGACACGGCUACGGCUACGGCCACAACUCCUACAACGGUCUUGGCAAUGGAGUUGGUCUUGUAGGAAAUGGACUCCUUGGACACGCCGGACACGGCCUCGCUGCACCCCUUGCAUUUGGAAGCGGUGUUGCUGGUCACGGGUAUGGCUAUGGUUACAACCCCUACAACAACUACGGCUACGGUAAGAACGUCGGACAUGGAGCUGGUCUUACUGGAAAUGGAGUCCAUGGACACACCGGACAUGGCGUUGCUGGACCCCUUGCAGUUGGAAACGGUGUUGCUGGUCAUGGAUAUGGCUAUGGCUACAACCCCUACAACAACAACUACAGCUACGGUAAGAACGUUGCACAAGGAGCUGGUCUGGUUGGAAAUGGAGUCCAUGGACACAAUGGACAUGGCGUUGCUGGACACGGACUCGUCGGACCUUUCUCUGCCGGACACGGUGUUGCUGGGCUUGGAGUCGGCCAGUUCGGAGUUGGCCUCGGAAAGGCCGGAUUCGGCGGACUUGCCACUGGCCAUCAUUACUAG